AUGGGAGAUAAGACGAGAUGCGAGAACUUCUGCGGCAUAACUCUCAUCGACGUUGCUUCGAAGAUCUUCGCUGUUGUCGUACUCAGGCGAUUCCAGACUGUGCAUGACUCAAGGACGGGGCCCAACCAAGCCGGAUUUCGUGCUGGACGUGGAUGCGCAGAUCAGAUAUUUACAUUGAGGCGCAUUCUAAAAUUUCGCGAUAGCCACCAACAACCGACGGUCGUCUGCUUCAAUGAAUUUGCCGCCGCGUUCGAUUACGUUCAUCAUGAGUUCCUGUGGCGGAUAAUGGCUCUAGAUGGUGUACCGGCAAAAAUCAUCGCCUUGAUGAAGGCCUAUUAUCGCUUUACUUCUGCGAGAAUCCUGGUCCGCAACAUUCUUUCCCAACCCUUCGGUAUUCGGUCAGGUGUUCGACGAGGUUCUAUCAUGUCACCCAUUCUGUUCAACUAUGCUAUUGACUGGAUCCUCGGAAGGACCCUACGCGAAAGUGACGGCGUUGAGUUUGCACCCGGACAUCGACUAACUGAUCUUGACUAUGCCGAGGAUAUCGCCUUACUUACUUCAAGUUUUGGUGAUCUGCAGUCUAUGAUGUCGCGGGUGAACGAGGUCGCUAAAUCGGUCACUUUAUCCAUAAGCGUUGGGAAGACCCAAGUGUUUUCAAGCUGCAUCUCUGACCAGGUGAAUCCACGUAUCGGGAUUAAUGGCUGUAAACUUAAAGAAGUAGACAGUUUUAAAUACCCCGAGGCAAGGCAGCGGCCUAACGAACAGAGAAAGGAUGACAUUGUCUCUCGAAUUGAUGCUGGCCGCUGGGUUUUCUCAAGCCUACGGAAAUGCCGAUGGAUCGGGCGUGACGUCUCCAUCGCCACUAAAAUUCGCGUGUACCGUGCAUCUGUCCUGUCUGUCCUUAUCUACGGUUGCGAGCGCUGGACUUUGUGCGCGGAGGAGGAACGCAAACUGGAGGUAUUUUCCACCACAGCUUGA